ACACCCAGGAUGCCUCAGUACGUAUUGCUCGGGCUGUCCCUACCGAGGCGAGUUUCGUGCUGGAAGGAGCCGGCUGCGUAGGCAGGCAGGCAGGCAAGGCAGGCGGGCGCCCAGCAUGGAAGGCGAUGGCCCGGACGCUUACAAGGCGUUCGUGGCCCUGCACGGGCCGGCCCUCAGCGCUUCAGGAGUCCCAUCCCGCUACUGGCAGAGCCUGUGGCACAAACUGGAAAAUGAGGUGUUUGAUGCUGGUGAGUAUUUUGGGAUCAUGCGGGUCGAGGAGGCAGAGGAAGUGGGUGAUGAAGAAAUAGAAGAAGAAGUGAAAAGGAAACCGAACCCGUGGAAUGACCUGUGCUACAAAGUGAUAGUCACAAAUGAAAAUGGACUUCAAGCAACAAGUUCAGAUAGCAUUUUCCUGAUUGAUCAUGCCUGGACUUACCGUGUGGGACAUGCUCGUCAGCAGCUUCUGCAGGUCCCUGGUCUGCUUCAUAGAAUGGCCAACUUGAUGGGAGUAAACUUCCAUGGGGAAUUGCCAGAUGAGGGAGCUGUUGACCAAGUGCUGGAGGAGAUGUGGAAAUACAACCAGACCUAUCAGCUGUCUUGUGGGACUGCAGAGGAGAAAGUUCCUGUGUGGUACAUUAUGGAUGAAUUUGGAUCCAGAAUUCAACAUUCAGACGAACCCACUUUUGCAACUGCUCCUCUAUUUUAUAUGCCACAGCAAAUUGCUUAUACUGUUCUCUGGCCCUUAAGAGACCUUGAGACUGGCGAUGAGGUGACCCGUGACUUUGCUUAUGGGGAAACAGACCGUUUAAUCAGAAAGUGUCGACUGUUACCAUGGCUACCUAGUGAGGCUCCAGAUACCAGCUACUACACCAGCGAGCCAUCUGACGAUCACUACCAGGCAAUCUUAAAAGAAAACAAGGAGAAACUGCCUAUCCUGAUAAAGCCUACUGAAUAUGACAAGAAUAGAGUCUUCAAAGUUUACACAGAUCUCCAACAGGUACUUCAGAAUCUGAAUCAUCCCCGGUUUGUAUUUACGGACUCUGAACAAGAAGCAGAUAUUCUCUACAACUUUUCUCACUUCAAAGAUUACAGGAAACUAAGUGAAGAAAGGCCUCAUGUGAUGCUGAACCAGUUUCCAUGUGAAAAUCUCUUGACCGUGAAGGAUUGUCUAGCCUCCAUCUCGAGGCGAGUUGGAGGGUCAGAAGGCCCAAAAUGGCUGCCUCGUACUUUUAACCUUCAUACUGAACUGCCACAGUUCAUCAGUUUCUUUCAGCAGCGUGAGAGGAGAGGAGAAGACAACCACUGGAUAUGUAAACCCUGGAAUCUGGCCAGAAGCUUGGACACACACAUCACAAAGAGCCUUAACAAUAUCAUCAGGCAGAGAGAGAGCAUCCCAAAGGUGGUGUCUAAGUAUAUUGAGAAUCCAGUCUUGUUUCAUCUGGAAGGUGUGGGUCUGGUUAAGUUUGACAUUCGUUACAUUGUACUCCUGCGGUCAGUUAAGCCACUCAAGCUGUAUGUUUAUGAUGUAUUUUGGCUGCGGUUCUCAAAUAGACCAUUCUCGCUUGAUGACUUGGAUGAUUAUGAGAAACAUUUUACUGUCAUGAACUAUGAUCCUGGGGUAUCUUUAAAACAGAUUCACUAUGAUGAAUUCAUUCCUCUCUUUGAGAAGCAGUAUCCUGAGUACCCUUGGCAGCAUGUUCAAGAUGACACACAUAAGGCAUUCGUGGAAUUAUUUCAAGCUGCUUGUGCAAAACCUGCACCUUUUGGCAUCUGUGACUAUCCAUCCUCAAGAGCCGUCUAUGCCAUUGACCUGAUGCUUAAGUGGGAUACAUCAAGUGAUGGGAAACAGUACAUGCAGCCUCAGAUCCUAGAGGUUAAUUUCAACCCUGAUUGUGAGAGAGCCUGCAAAUACCAUCCAACCUUCUUCAAUGAUGUCUUCAGCACCCUCUUUCUGGAUGAAACCGAUGGUUGCCAUGUGACUGCCAUUGUCUAGCUCCAUGCCUUGAUUGGCUAAUGUGUAUAUCAUGGUGAUCUAUUUAUAUUUCAGUUCUAUGAGCUGCUUAUGCAACAAUUUUUCCUAUAAUUAAAAAAAAAAGUUAUCAAUUCUGUCAAAGUGAAAUGUCUAUAUAAUGGAGUUGUAUGCAAUGUCCACUUCCCCCAUUUUUGUCUGCUCAUUCAUUUUAUAAUCUACUUGCUAUCACAAAUUGUAUUUUUAUUAUAUACAAGAUUGCAACAAUUCAGUAGCAAAUCAGUUUCUUUUUUCUAUCUUAGCAGCUGUUAGUUUACUUACAAGAAAUAUCUGUACAGCUUUUCUCAACCUGCUUUGAAUUUAUAAUAAUGUGUUUAAGGCAAUUGAGAAAAACAUUGUUUUUCCUAACACCAUUGUGUCCCCACCUUUUAAUUUGUUUCAUAUCUGUAAGACAAGGCAUUUGAUUUUUAAAGCUGUGAGCUGGCUCAUGUGCCGCUCAGAUUUCAGUUUUAAUUUUAAUAAAGAAUGUCACAGCAAAAGUACCAGAAAUUGCCUUUGAAUGUCAUAGACAGUCCUCUAAUUCUGAUCUCCAGGAAGAAAAUGAU